CUGGAGGUCCCUGGACUCCUAGAUUCCCAUGAGAUCCUUUCAUCCCCAGCCCUGGUCUCUAUUUGCACCGCUAGAAUAUUUCUGUGCUUCCUGGCAGGACCUCGGGCAAGUCCCUUGUUAUCUCUGAGCUCUAGUUCCUUCCUCUACAAAAAAGGGUAGUUGCCAUCUCCCAAAAUUGUUGUGAGAGUUAAACAAGAUAUGUCUGCAAGGAAAACAUUCAGUAGGUGGUCAUUUCAACACCCUGCUUUCACUGCCUUUCUUCCCUAGCACCUGGAGCCUCUCUGCCUCGGAGUUGGAUCCAGUUGGCCCAGUUACUGGAGUAGAUUAGUUUUGAAUGUCACUUAAUCUCAGCAGUCCUUCCUUAUUCGGAGCCCUGGGGGAGAUAGGGCUGGUAUAAAUCUGCAUCAACUUCCUGGAUCAGAGACGCAGGAGGAUGGAGCAAGGCACUGGAGCCAAGCUGCUGCUGUUGCUGUGUGUGGCGCACUGCAGACAUUCACAAGCAGAUGGACCGAGGGACCAAGAAUCAGUCAUUGAAGUGACCAAUGGGGGCCCUUGGGGCGACUGGGCCUGGCCUGAGAUGUGUCCUGAAGGAUACUUUGCCAGCGGAUUUUCACUCAAGGUGGAGCCGGUUCAAGGCAUUCCUGGCGACGACACCGCUCUGAACGGGAUUCGGCUGCACUGCACUCGUGGGGGUGCCCAGAGUGUCAUAGAAUCCAAAUCUGGAAGGUGGGGUUCGUGGAGUGAGCCAAUGUGGUGUCCCAACAGAAGCUUCCUAGUGGCUUUUGCUCUUCGGGUAGAACCAGCUGUGAUCCCCGGGGACAACACUGCAGCAAACAACCUGCGCUUCCGCUGCUCAGAUGGCACGGAGCUGGAGGGGCCUGGGCUGAAUUGGGGAGAAUUUGGAGAGUGGAGCAACUCAUGCUCCAAAGGUGUGUGUGGCUUGCAGACCAAGAUCGAGGAGCCUAGAGGUCUUCGAGAUGACACUGCACUGAACGACCUCCGAUUAUUCUGCUGCCACACUUGAAGUGCUUGCUGCCCUCUUCCUUGCGGGGACAGGGAUGCCAGUCCCAUCCCCUGCUGUAG